AUGAAAGUGAGAUUGUGGAGGGAGGGGAGAAGACGACAGGAGUUUCCAGACCACUUUCUCCCUCCCAAACUCGACCACCAGUUCUCCCUGGAGGAAGGAACAGGAAGCCUCCACUGACAGCGCGCGCUUCUCCGCCUUAGAAUAAACACGCAGCCUAAGUCUAUUAGGGUCGGAUUUGAAUUAAAGAAGUGAUGCAGCGCGGAUUAACGGAUUUUAAUCUAGUCCACGCCAUGGGGAACGCGUGAUAUUUCGGAAGUGAAAAACCGCCCGGCCAUGGCGUCGGCGCAAGGGCUUCUCCACAGCGUCUUCUCGUGCUCGUCCCCGGCUUCGAGGAGCAUCACCAAGCGGCGACUGCGCCAAACCCGGAGUUUAGACCCGGCUAUAAUCCGCAACUGCGACGCUGACUCUGAGUCCGAGAGCGCCAAGCUGUCCGAGCGAGGGCACGAAGAGCCGGACGCGUCCCCAGGCGACGCGCAGACGCACUCCAAGCUCACGACGCAGACGCUCAAGUGGACGCACCCGUCGCUGUCGCCAUCCCUCUCCAGUCCCGCGACUCCUCUGGACACGUCGCCGUCGUCCAGCUUUCACUUCGACUUUGAGUUUAAAAGUGGGAAGAGGAACACGGCUUGGGAUUUGCCCUUCCUCGCCAAUUCUGGCACCUCGGGCACCAUCUUCUCUCCUAGAAGGUGGCUUCAGAGGAAAGCGCAGCACACCACUGCUCACGAGUACGUCGUCUGGAGGUCGGAGGGUGAUUUCACGUGGAAUAGCCUGUCUGGGAGGAGUGUGCGUCUCAAACCGGUGUCCAUUCAGAGCCUGUCCGAGCUGGAGAGAGCCAGACUACAGGAGGUUGCCUACAACCGCCUCCACCAGGACUAUGACCUGGGCUGCCAGAUCACCAUCCCUAAAGAUUGCCAGAAGAGGAAGAAGUCGCUACGGAGGAAGCUGGACUCCUUGUCCAAGGAAAAGAACAAAGACAAAGAACACGCACCGCAGGCGUUCGGCAUCUCCUUAUCGCAGGUGAUCGCCAACGACCGAACCCAGCGUCAGCGUCAAGAGGGUCAGAGGGAGGAGCAGAGAGACCCAAGUGACCUGGUGUCCUCCAUCCUGCAGUUUGCCACGCGCCGACCCACCAAGGAGCUUUCCAGCAGCAACUCAUCACUCAGCUCCACCUCGGAGACGGCCAACGAGUCCACGUCAUCCAACACGCCUGAAGCGGCACCCCGCGCUCGCAGGAGGGGCGGUAUGUCCGUGGACUCCAUCACGGAUUUGGACGACAACCAGUCACGUCUGCUGGAGGCGCUGCAGCUCUCGCUGCCUGCCGGGACGCCCAGCAAGAAGGAGAAGCAGCAGGACAAGAGACUGAGCCUGAACCCCAUCUACAGGCAGGUGCCACGUGUGCUGGACAGCUGCUGCCAGCACCUUGAGAAGUAUGGUCUACAGACAGUGGGGAUCUUUAGAGUGGGCAGCUCGAAGAAAAGAGUGAGGCAGCUGCGGGAGGAGUUUGACCGCGGCGUAGACGUGCAGCUGGACGAGGAACACAGCGUCCACGACGUGGCCGCGCUUCUGAAGGAAUUCCUCCGGGACAUGGCUGACCCGCUGCUCACCAAAGAGCUCUACACAGCGUUCAUUAACACCACAUUGCUGGACUCAGAAGACCAGCAGUUAGUCACCCAGCUGCUCGUGUACCUGCUGCCGCCUUGUAACAGUGACACCCUGCAGCGGCUGCUGGAGUUUCUGCACAUCGUGGCUCGGCACGCUCAAAAUGGAUAUGGCAAAGAUGGACAGGAGGUUACAGGGAACAAGAUGACAUCGAUCAACUUAGCUACCAUCUUUGGGCCAAACCUGCUGCACAAGCAGAAGAGCUCAGAUAAAGAGUUCAGCGUGCAGAGCUCAGCCCGGGCCGAGGAGUCCACGGCCGUCAUCGCUGUGGUACAGAGGAUGAUCACCGGCUACGAGGAGCUUUUUAUGGUGUCUGCAGACUUGCAGAAUGAGGUGCUGAUGAGCUUGCUGGAGACAGAUCCUGACGUGGUGGACUACCUCUUACGACGCAAGGCCUCACAAAGUCCUGAUUUGUUAAAUUCUGAGGCAUCACUCUCUCUGAGUGAGUGCAGAUCGUCCAGCGACUCCAACAAGGCGUCCAGUGGUGAAGUCUCUCCCUAUGACAACAACUCUCCCGUGCUGUCUGAGAGGAGAGGGGGAGACCUGGCGAAAGACAGCGAAGUCCAUUCCGGACGAGUCCUCAGCACGGAGCGACUUUUCUGCGUCCCUGAACAGUACAGUCUGGUGGGACAAGUGACAGGACGCAGCAGGGACACGGUUUCAAAUAUCUGGUCCCCAGCCAAGGAGGAGCAUGCUAACAUUUGGGGUGCGUGGCACACAACACUGAAGCCAGGAUUGCAAGAACAACCCUAUACAGGUUCCUGUGGCAACAUAUCAGACGGAAGCUCCCGCAGCUCCAGGGAUGGAAUUGAUGAUCGGACUCCACCCACUGUAAGUAAACCGGAUUUCCCACAAGGCACCACAGUGACUCAUGCAUGCCUCAACCUGAACCUUAAACCCAAUGGCCAAUUGGAAUCCAGCAGCUCAGAGGACCUUCCAGUGAGCAGCCGCCACAGCGCACCUAGCCCCACCCUUUGCCCCAAACCGACCAACAAGAAUGAAGCACGUCCUCCUCCACCACCUUACAGACACUCAAGAUUAACACCUUCAAUAGUUUCGUCCAAUUCUGUCGUGUCACAGUCUCAGCAGCACCCCCAGCAGCUCGGGAAGACCGGCAACCAGAACUCAUCCUCACCAGCGGGCACACUGGUGCCCACGAGCCCAGAGUGGCAAGACUGGCAGAGGGACAGAUGGCACAUCUGGCAGCUGCUGUCUUCAGACAAUGCUGAUACGCUACCUGAGACACUGGUGUGAUGCCAACUUAAGCAGUUCAGUGUGUUUAUAUACAGAAGCCACUGCCUUAUAUGUGUUAUGUACAGACUGGUUUUGGGGCUAAGCUCCUCAUUAUACUCUGCAGGCAGUUGUGGCAGUAGGGGGAACCGAGUGGCACCGUGGAAACUAAAAGAGGUGCAAGUAUUCCUCCAGCUGAGGAAGAUUCCAGUCAGCAAACCACAGAUCAUCAACUGACAGUGCAAUUGGUGUGGGAUCGGUUCCAUUCCCAAAAAAAUUAAUGUUUGCUUGCUAGAUCCACUUCUAAAACCCAAUGGCUCAGAGCCUUUUCCUCACGUUCUGUUUUUAGCUUCACACGGGAAUCCAGCAUUAUAGGCUCUAAACCAGGUACAUUAAUUACCAAACAAACCUAAAGCUAAACUGUCAGAUCAUUAAAUCAUUGACACUUUUAUACGGACAAAUUGAACAAUACACUAUACUCAAAUUAUUGCGUAACUGCUGUGUGUGUCUGCUUACAAGUUUUCCUUUAAAAAAAAAAAAAAAACAACAAAAAAAAACAAUUGUUCAAUUUUUGCACUGAAUGGUAUGACAUGGGGUCAAACUUUACAGGCUCAGCUCCUUUUUUGUAUAUACACCAUAAGAAUAUUGCCAAAAAAGCUGCUAAAUCAGAUGUAUACAAAAUUAUUUGUUCUUACCUCCAACGCUAUAAGGAUACCAGGACAGUGAAAUGCCAUUUUGUAUUAAUUAAGGACAUGUAAGCCUCUGAAUGAAUAACGCAUGAGUGAAAUUCAGUAGCAUUUCAAAAAUGGCCAUUAAUAUUUGGGCCACAUGUUCCUCUCUGGCCCAAAUGCUAAAAUAUGUCUAAUUCGUGCGCUUACUAGAACUCUCACAUCUCAAAUGUGAGAACACAUAGAACCCAUUCUUACAAGAUUUGUCGAACUGUGUUUUCCCAUAAUGCACUGCAAGAGUACGACAAUUUUAAUGGCAAGUUUACAAUGAUUGUGUAAUUAAAUAAAGCAUACAUUUAUUUUUUAUAUUUUAAAUUAGUUUAACAUAUAAAAGUUGUCCUCUGCCAAGCUUGUAGUGUGUGUGUUGACUUGUACGCUAACCAUUAAUUAACCGACUACCACACAGGCUGUUAGCUAGCUACUGAAUAGUCUCUGAUGAUGCAAUGUUAUGACUUUGUCCUGUGUUUUUCUAUGUACACUGUUCCAAACUACAUGAUUUUUUUAAGUUUCUGCAGCGACUGUCACUCUCGAGAAGAAAUUCUCUAAGAACUCUUGUCAAAUGCUAGCAUUUGGUAUCCACCUUUUAUUUCCACAGCACUUAAAGAAGGUACAUGUUCCUCAGAUGGAUUUGUUUUUAAGCUUGUUUUAAAACAUUCUAAAAUGAAUUGUGUCUUUGCAAGCUGCCUCUUACAACCUGCCUAAGAGCAGAACUACAUUUUGCGAAUUCAGCAGUAUGUUCGAAUAAUAGUAAUAAACUUUUAUAGGUUGAUUCCAGUUGCAUCCUGUGGCUCAGGAUGAGAAAAAGCUCAACACAAUUUAGAUAUGCUUUGGCAUCUCUUGCACCCUUACUCUUUUUUUGUUUGUUUGUUUAUUUAAAUAGUUACAAAAUGGUGUCAUGUUUUAUAAUCUCUCUCUCACUCUCUCUCUCUCUCUCUAAAAAAAUAGCACUAGGACCUCAGAUUCAUUACAUUUUACAAAUUUCAAAAACUUCAGUUUUUUGAGUACAAAAAAUGACAACUUUCACAAUAGCAAAUCGACUGGAAUUCAUUCAUAUGAAAAUGUCUGGUCCAUUGUUUAAUGUGAUGGAUGAGAGAAAGGGAUUAGCAGUCACUGUUUUUAUUUAUUUUAUUUUUUGAAAAUGUUUCGAUUCAUAUUUAAUCCAACAAAAUCUAAAUCACUCAAACUAAUCAGAAUUUCUAUGAAUCCCACAGACCAAAAUUUACCCCUUGAAACUGUAGCACUCGUUUUAAAAUCCGUUUCAUGUGUCAUCCGUGUCAAAUUCAUUUGCUACUCACUACAUUACACAUAUUUCAGCCAGAAUGAAAAGCUGAACUCCUUUUUAAUUCCCUACUCAUUUUCUUUUUUUUUAGAUCCUUUAGAUCUUUCUCUGUAUGUACAGUCUUUUAUCAGUCAAUUUGAAAGCAAAUUGUCCAUUAUUGUAUAUUGUGAGCAAGUGCAGUGUCAUUGGCUCUUGGUGGAGUGAAAUGAGCGUUAUUUAUUUGUAUUGAUCCAUUUUGCACACUGUACUGUUCUUUAUACAGUAAGCCGUCACAUCUCAUUUUUCCCCCUUAGACCUUACAAACCUUGUUGACGCUAAGCAGAUACAGAUAAACAGAACAAUGUAGUAUCCAGAUACAGACAUGCUUAGGUAAAUCACUUUGAGAUGUUCCUUUUGUUUUAAGUCAGCAGUGAUGUAUCUAGACGUACACAAAAUUCCAAUGAAAAGGGAAAAAAAAUGUUAGCAUGGGUUAGGAUAACUGCUUCAAACGUUUAAACCGCUUACUUUGUUCAGCUCAAUCCAGCUCCCGUUUCGAUGCUAAACAUCAUUCUUAUUACCUUAAAUAAAAAUUUAUUUUUAUGAAUUGCCGUAUUCAGAUUUGAGUUAAGCACAACAGUAUUCAGGUCUCAGAGGUAACUACGGAGUUAAGUGCUAUUCAGAGAGUUGCACACGAAUUUGCCUAAAACAGUCACGUCACAGUAGCAAACAAUUCUGACCUUGAGUUUCCUUGCGCGAUAUGAGCUGUAAGAAUCCGCCAACUUCAUAAACUUCAUAAAGUGCCAACUUCAUAAAGUGUGGAGCCCAGAAAACCAACUUAAGCAGUUCCAUAACCCCAGCCGGAGUAUGAGUAAUUUUCACCAUGUAGAAAUAGAGUAUAACUUGACAUAACUUAGACUUAAGCCAACUCUUAAGCAGGCCUGGGAAUUGCUCCUAUUAAUCAGGCCUGUGAAUUGACCAUAAUACUAACAUGCCAACCCCCCCCCCCCCCCCCCCCCCCCCCCAUUUAAUUUCAUUGCAUUCUAUAUAUCUUCUAAUCCAUUUGGGAGUUAAUAGCGGUUACUAUUUGAGAGAGAAGACUCCAAAGGUCCUGCCAUUUGUUUUGAAGGUUGAUUUUACACCAUAUUUUUUAUUCUGUCACAAGAUAAAAACAGGUUUUUAGCCAUAAUGCAAAUUCAGUCAGAAUUUUAGUCACCGCACUUUGCCUUUCUACCACAGCGCUAUCAUGCUGAUUUGAUUUGUGAGCUUUACGAAUAGUGUUAUCAUCAUGGGAGAAAUCUUAAUUAGCGAUUUUAAAUUGGUAAGUAAUCACGUCAUGAUUUUGUAAUCCAUGACCCAAAUAUGAGGUAUGUUUUUAUUUCAAUAUUAGGAUUGUAAUAAGGAAUCAUUUGUAUUUCACGCAGAAAAUGCUUUUUGUAUGGUCUGAUAUUUGCUGUGAAGCUUGCCUUGGUAUUUUAUGUAAUUUUUUUAUUUUUUUUAUUUGUCUUUUUCAUUUUUUUUUUUUCAGCAAGUCUCAUAAAAAAUAAAUGAGAAUGCAAGUUUUCA